AUGUAUUGUCCGGGCAACGUUUUUCCCGCGUACCAGCUGGCGGGUUAUUGGGUGGAGCAUUCUGACAUCGGGGGCCUCAGCCACUAUUCGGUGUUCUCUUGCCGCGACGCCUCACGAUGUCUAGCUGGUGACCCUGGACAGUGCAAUGUUGGGCGCACCGGGCGCGCCUGUGCCGAUUGCUUUCGUGGCUAUGCCUCAGAUGUGGACGGCUCGUGCAAGCCCUGCGACGCUUUGUCUAUGUGGCCCUUCCUCCUGCUUCCGAUUGUGAUGCUGGGCCUGCUGCCGCUGCUAGUGGCAGCCAGCAUUCUCAUGAGCCGAGCGCGGCGGGUGGCCGUCAGCAUCUUUAUCGUCUGUGUGAUCUUCGGGCAACUGGUAGUGUGCCUGCAGUCCCUCGAGGCCAUCUAUCAAUUCGAGAUCACCUGGAUCGACCCCGCGAGGGCCGUUUUGUCCUCGCUGGCCAUCUUCAGUUUGGACAUCGAGUUCUCCUGCAUCUUGGACCCGCAGAGCCACGUCGUAGAGUACGGCUCGCAGCUCUUGGCCUACCCGGCGGUGCUUCUCGGGACCGUCGGCUUCUGGCUACUCGCCAGGUGGGUCAAGCGGCCGAUCAGUUUCAACUCCUUCCUAAACCUACACGGCGUGCUGCUGGUGGCACUGCUGACGGCUAUGUCCCUCACCGCAAUGCGGCCCUUCCAGUGCCGCCCAAACCCCAACGGCCUGCAUACGAUGUCCACGCGCACGGACGUCAUCUGCUGGAGCCCGGAGCAUGGGCCUUUGGUGGUGCUGGCCUCUUUGGGCAUCCUCGCUUACCCCGUGGCAAUCCUCUCCACCAUCGCCUUCCUGACGUGGAAGUAUCCUACUUGGCUUCGGUCGGGCGGAGGCCUGGAGGUGCUGGAGAAGUACAAGUUCCUCUUCGGCCGCUUCCGACCCGAGCGCUACUACUACGCUCUGCUGCUUUCCGCGCACAACAUGGUGGUGGCCUUGAUCCCCGCAGCUUUGGUGGCGGCACCCGCGCUGCAGGUGGGCAUCAUGGGCGCGGUGAUCUGCACGAAACUAACGGCACAGAGCCUUCUCUGGCCCUGGCGCAGCGACGUGGCCAACUACAACGACCUGGUCCUCUCCACUGCGCUGCUGAUCCUGUUGCUCCUCGCGUCUCCACUGCUGCGCCUGAACCAGACGGACACCAGCUUCCUGGUAGCGGUGCUGCUCGCUUGCGUGCUCUGCGUCUUGCCUUUGGCAGCGCUCUCCUCGGCCUGCAUGGCUGUCUCCGUGCGCUUGCGGUCCCAGAGCAAGUACGAUGCCUUCCUCUGCCACCACAAGGCAGGUGCCGGGGCCUUGUGCCGCUUCUUCAAGCUGAUCGUGCACAAGUACGGCCGCAUGAACAUCUUCCUGGACUCCGACGAGCUUGACGACCUCGCCCGCAUCUUCGAGAUCGUGAGCUCCGACACGCGGUGCCUCGUGGCCGUGCUCACACCCGAGCUGCUGCAGCGCAUGUGGUGUGCAGGGGAGAUGACGAGUGCCCGGAAGUACGGCAUCCCCAUCAUCCCGCUCUAUUGCGAUGGCUUCGCCUUCCCGGACGAAGACUGCAUCAACAAGAUCGAGUCCGUGUGGACCGAGGAGCAACAAUACACCUUGACGAGCCACGGCAUCGCCAUGGAGGACAUCAAGGCCACCUACCGGCACAUCAGCACGCUGGAGGGCUACGCCCUGAGCCGUCACAGCAGCCUGGAGGAGCAGGAACGCCUGGUGCUGGACGUGGCCGCUGCCGUGCUGCGAGGCGCUCGGCGGGCGGACGUGGCGCCGCAGGGCUCCGUGAGCAGCGCGCGCAUCCUGCUCUGCUCCACCGAGCGGGAGCCAGAGGCCAUCUCCACCGUGCUGAUCCUGCAGCAGAUGGUGCAGCAGCAGCUCCGCAUCGCCACCUUCCGCGUUCGGAGUUUGAAGGACAUCGCGGCGGCCAGCAGCGCCUCCUUCGCGCUGGUCUUGUUGAGCAAGGGAGUCCUCGAGGACCCUGACUUCGCGCUCCAGAUCGGGCAGAUGCGAGCUCAGGCGUUGAGCUUUGUGCCCGUGAACGAUGGCACCUUCCAAUUCCCGCCAUCGGACUUCUACAUGCAGGCGGGUGAGAGCUGCGGGCUAGAUGUAUACGUAUGGUUGCUUUUCUCAGGUGGAGGAGGUCGGCGUGGCCGGGCUUGGCCCAAAUGCCGGGCGCAACUUGGCAAAGGCCUACCAGGCCAGCCCGUGUGA